AUGGCGUGUCUUCCUUCUCUGAAAGAUUUGCAACUUGAUUGUGUUACAUACGCAGAUGAUGCAACUCUUCAACGGCUUCUUGAUAUAUGUCCUGUUAUUGAAGAACUGGAUGUGCAUUGUGAUGAUUACAAUUUAAAUGCGUUCACUAUAAUCGUCUCGACUUUGCAGUGUUUACCACUCUUUCUACCUGAAAUUCAUAUAAAUAGGUAUGUGAUAGAUACUCCUUCUUUGAAGUUUUUCUAUCUUGACGAUUGGGAAUACGUUGAACACGACUUUGAGAUUAAAGAUAUGCCUAAGCUGAGUGAAGCAUAUGUCACUGAUUAUUUCUUUGCUCUCAAGAAUGUGAUUAAAUCAAUCACAUCCGUCAAGCAUCUUACAAUAUGUUCAGAGGAUCAUGUGUAUGGUGAUGGUUUAGUUUUCAACCAGCUUGAACGUCUGACUAUAUGUGUUUGCCAAAAGGGUUCUUCGAAUCUCCUUGUCCAAUUGCUAAAAGAUUCUCCUAACUUACGAGUACUACAACUCUUCAGAAGGGAAGAUCAUGAGGAUGAGGAGGAGUGUAGUGAUAUGGAUUGCUGGAAUGAACCGAGUCAUGUUCCUAAAUGCUUGUUGUCGAGUCUUCAAGUUUUUAAAUGGUUACGAUACUUUGGGAGACCACAAGACAGAGAUCUCGCGGUGUACAUCUUGAAGAGCGCUCGUUGCUUAAAGAAGGCAGUAAUCUUGGCUGAUUCAGUGGAAUAUGAUGUUCCAAGAAUUAAGAUGAUCAAAGAGUUGGCACUUUCUACCCGAGCUUCAAGCACAUGCGAACUCGUAUUUAAUGAGGACGAGAAUCAUAUUGAGGCAUAAGAAUGUCUUCGACAGAAAUAAUUAGAGAGAUACUUGAAGCCUUGAAGGUACGAACUAUGUAUUUAAAGAAUGUCAGUUCUUCAACUCUGCUAUUUGCUAUUUGCUAUUUGCUAUGCUCGUAUGUUUCGUCUUCUUCAAAAUUCUAGCUUUUAUCUAUUAUCCAAUAACAAUGAGAUAUAUUGUUGACUGACCUAUAAUCAUGUAUUCAUGUGUCCAGAUUUAAAGUUUUUGGAUUUGAAAGUUUAUGUUCGGUUUAGAAAAAAAGUUAA